AGCAUCUCCGAGCUGUUGCCGCGCCUUCGUUGAUCAUCGAGCCAUGUACUUUCCAACAUCUUCCCCACAACUCAAACCAUACGUUCUCCCUUCUAUCUUCACCGUGCGAAUACUACAUAGAAGUUACACCUUAUCCGUCUACGUCGCCGCGACAUCUUGUCACCUCCCACGUGCAAGCAGCGACCGACUCUCCAUAGAAACAGCCCACAAUGUCGACCCACAUGGAAGCCUUCCAGGCCGCCGCAACGCGCUUCAUAAUGGACCCUUCCAACCGCGAAGUCCUCACGUUAGUCAAAGGCCUUCGGAACGGGCUCGUCUACGGCACCAAGAUCCGCUUUCCGCACGCGCUGGUGAUGGUGGCGCUGUUCCGCUCGGGAACGGUGCGCGAAAAGGCGUCCACAAUCCUGACGAUGACGAAGACGCACGCGCGCACGCUGGGGCUGUUCGUGCUCACGUACAAGACCGCCAUGCUGGCGCUGCGGCAUCUGCGCGCCGACAGGAAGGAGAUGGGCAGUGAUAGCUUCCUCGCGGGACUGCUGGGUGGUUACCUCGUCUUUGGCCGCGGGAAACAGUCCAGCGUCAACCAGCAGAUCGUCAUCUACGUCUUUGGCCGCGUCAUGUUGAGUCUGGCGAAGGUGGCCGUCAAGAAGGGCGUCGUCCCUGAUGCUGAGGGAACUAUUUCGGCGAAUGCCUGGCCCGUGUUUGCGAGUCUCAGUUGGGCUAUGGUCAUGUGGCUGUUCAGGUGGCAUCCGGAAACGGUACAGAGCUCGCUGCGGAAUAGUAUGGUGUACUUGUACCAGAAUGCGGAUCAUUGGGAUGGGUGGAGGAGCUUUUUGUGGCAUAACACAUAGACGGGAGACGGGGGCGUUUAGAUGGUUGGGAGAUACACUGAGCUGUAGCACUAUUGUCAUGGGUUUUUCUUGGGGGUGUUGGUUUGCGUUCUGUGGAUGUAUAUUAUUGUAUCAUCAUCUUGUUUUUG